AUGGCCCCCGCCAUCGCAGCCAGUCCGGUCCUGCGCCUCUCGCGCAACAUGGGCGCUGGCGCUGGCAGCGGUGGGGCAGAUUUGGACAUCGACUACGUCAAGUCGUCCUGGGACACCGUCGUCACCAAUGUCAAGAAGCUCACACAAAAUCCCGCGGCGAGCAAUCAGGAAAUCUUUGAACUGGCCGGGCAGGUGCUCUUUGAGAAAAUCCUUGGUCCUCCGGAGGACACGGCGACGUUUGAAGCGAGGUGCAAGUUGUUCACGUUUAAAACGGACUACGACGAAAGGAUCAAGGAUCCUCACUACAAAAAGCACGUGAGUGGCGUGGUCGAAACAGUCAACACCGCCAUCGAUAACCUGCACGAUUUGGCAGGUCUCGAAAAAAUACUCUUUGACCUCGGCAAGAGGCACAACAACUACGGGGUGAAGAACUCUCACUACACGCUAGUCAAGGAGUCAUUGGUGUACACGCUCGGUGUCGCGCUCGGAGCACCGCUCGAGGGGAAGGACGCGGAGCAGUGGACCUUGGUCUGGGGCUUUGUGGAAUCGAAUAUGAAGAAGGGCCAGGCAUCCGAUGCCUCGUACUCGUUGGAAGGUUGA